AUGGAUUUGCAGCAUUACGACGAAGACAUCUCGGCCAACGGUUACUAUCGGCGGCUGGUGAAUGACCAUUACAGCAUCCUGGAGACGGCCACGGUCGAAGGGUGGAUAGUGUGCGUGCCCCGGUUCGGUUCGUUCAGCGAACAGUGUCUGGUCGAUCAGGAGUUUGCCCUUGCGCACAUACUCGUCCCGAACGAGGAGCUGCCGGAAACGCACUUCUUCAAUCUGAACUUUCUGCAGCUGAAGCUGGACGAGCGAGCACUCACGUUCGGGGACGUCCGGGUGCGCAUACUGUUUGAGGAAAUCUUUUACCGGGAUGGGCUCAAGUACAAGGUGUGGUGCAUCGAGCGUCCGCUGCAUGACAUGAAGAAGUAUGGGGUGUAUGGGGAGGAUGAAUUUUCGCUUGGCCGUUUCCUAGGGAUUGGUAGCCUGACGGAGGCGGUUGAGUUCAUACGGACGGCGGCAAAGAAGAAAGAUAUCUUCGGACGGAUGGAUGCGAAGGUGCAGCAGUUCGUGCGGGCCAACGGUGACUUUGGUAGAUGGCAGUUUGAGGAGCAGAAGGCGGCAGUGAAAAUGAUCUACGUCGAGUGUUUGGAAUUGAUACUGCAGAAUCGUAAGCUGAAGGAUCGCUGCCAGCGGGAUAUGUUGCUGCGAGGUAACGUGAAGGUUGCCAUCGAAACGUACGUGAUGGAUAAGCUGUACGAUCAUGUGAAGAGUGUGAUCGAUGUGUGCCGUACGGAGCAGUCGGAAGCGUUCAACAAAACGAUGCGCAACUUGGGUGAUGUGCACUGUACGGAGUUUGAGGUUGCCCAACGGUACGGUGAACUGAUCCCGUUGGCUAAGAAGGAGCUGGCGAAGAUCGACCAUGCCCGUACGGUGAUCGACAAGAUCGGAUGUUUGCAGAAGGUAAUGGAAGUGCUGGCCAAGGGUGGGUUGGGCCAGCAGUAUGCGCUUACUGCUGAUCAGCUCGUUCCGUUGUUUAUCUUUCUUAUCCUAAAAUCGGGCCUAACGCACUGGAUCAUGACGAUCACAUUUCUGAAGGAGUUUCAGUUUAACAACGUAUUUCGGGAGCAGCGCAUCGAGACGGGCGAGCAUGGAUUUCUAAUCGCAACACUGGAAGCGGCCAUCGUCUACAUUAGCUGCGGAAGCAUUACCCGUACGCAACGGCUCGGUAUCAACUUUGAACCGCGAUCGCCUACAACCGAUCAUUCCGUGUCGACCGAACUAGAGUUUCGCAAUGCGGACGACUUUCUCACCUAUCUGCUAAAGCUGAUGCGUAACGAUGAUGAGGCAAGGGUAGUGGAGCUGCUGCAGGACGUCACCAACAAUCAGGCACUGCUGUGGAACGUUCCGACCGAGCUCGGGUACUACUAUCUGCCCUCGAUCGAUGAUCAAAACCAGCUCGGCCAGGCCGCAAUACAUCUCGCCGCCAUCCUGGGCAAUGCGAAACUGCUCACACUCAUCCUAUCCCUCCAACCGAACGUGAAUGCUGUCGACGCAAAGAACUGGACCGCGCUGCACUAUGCCGCAGCGAACGGUCAUCAGAAUCUGCUACUGCUGCUGCUACAUGCCGGAAUUAACAUUAACAGCACCAGCAACGAUGCACACACAUCCCUCCAUUUGGCGUGUCUAAAUGGCCACAGUGGAUGUGUUAAGGCGUUGCUGUACUUUUCCGAACAUAUGCGCAUCUACGUCGACGUAAAUGCGGCCACCGAGCUGGGCCAUACGCCGCUGCAUUAUGCGGCCAAGUGGGGCUUUCUCGAUAUCGUCGAAACGUUGCUCGAGUACACGGCCCGGGUCGAUGUGGUAAACAAGCUCGGUGCAACGCCGAUACGCUACGCACACAAUGUCCGCAUUACGAAACUGCUCGUCGAUGCACUGCACGAUCAGCGGCGUCGUGCCGUGCUCGGUCGUGGCCAUGCCAAUCUCAAGGCUUCGUCCGUACCCCAAACGGCAGUCUAUUUCGCAGAAGAUUUUGACUAUACGAAUGACGGUGAGGGUGCACCGGAAGAGAUGCGCGAGCAGCGUACGAUCGAGGAGAUGAAGCGUAUAGAAAAAGCAUUGGAAGCGAUAGCCGCUCAGGACACAAAGCUGGCCUGUGUAUAUUUGGGGCUGGAUGAGGAGUCAGCGAAAAAUCACACGGGACGAAGUCAUCCGCCGGCGGGUUAUCCUACGGACGAGAAGUUAUGUCACCCACUGUGUACCUGCAACCGGUGCGUAAGACGAUCGUCCGAGUUCUACAAUCUGCUAAGGAAACCGUUCGGACUGUCCGCAAAACCACCGGAAGAAUCGACUGCGGACAGUGUGCGCGUCGACCUGAAUGCCGUCAAUGGCGAAGGCUACACGGCCUUGCACGUGGCUGCCAUGCAUGGGAACGUGGAAAUGGUUCGUGUACUGUUGGAGCACAAGGUCAAUCCCACCAUUCGGCUCAAGUCCGGUGCAACGGCACUACAUUUGGCAACACGCGAACGCAGGUUGCGUAUCGUGCGGAUGCUGCUCAGCCGUUGUACGGUCACGGAUAUAGUCGAUCUUAAGGAUAGCCGUGGCGAUACGCCACUACACUACGCGGUGGAACAGAACAACUUGCAGCUGGUGCAGAUGUUGCUGGAGGCCGGUGCCGAUCGUAGCAUACGCAAUCUGCAAGGCAAACGGCCGAUCGAGAUAGCGAAGAACAAUCUUUACUUUAACGUUGUCAAUCUACUGGAACAGCGAUGAGCUGAGACAGCGACGACA